GACUGGGCAAUGCCCGGUGACAUCGACGACCUUCAGAUGAAAUGGCAUGUACCUAAUGAUGAAGAGAUGAAGUUUGCCUCCGAGAUUCUCCAGACCAUCCUCAAGCCAGAGCUGGAGGCCAUCAGGACUGUAACAGCAGACAAUAAAAUGAACAGGGAGGAAUUGCUGAGGAGGUUGAACGUUAUCCUGGAGUGUUUGCUCGGCGCGGGGACUGUUCUACCAAUGUGGGACGAUGCUGUCGUAGAAAUAGUGGAGAGUUCUGUUUCCCUGCGGCGACAGCACUGUCAGUCAACAGGCCAACACUCGU